CACGCACGUCGUAGCGCUGCUGCUGCCCGGAGCCGCGGAGACUGCGGGCUUGGUCUGCGGCGGCAGCUUGGCUGGGGCUGAGCCGGCACCUGGAGGUUGGCGAGAAAUCCAGGUACUCAGUUGAUUGGCACGUUCUGCCACCAUGGGGGAGCUUUUCCGGAGUGAGGAGAUGACGCUGGCUCAGCUUUUUCUCCAGUCUGAAGCUGCUUAUUGUUGUGUCAGUGAAUUAGGAGAACUUGGAAAAGUUCAGUUUCGUGAUUUAAAUCCAGAUGUAAAUGUUUUCCAGAGGAAAUUUGUGAAUGAAGUCAGAAGAUGUGAAGAAAUGGAUCGAAAGCUUCGAUUUGUUGAGAAAGAGAUCAGAAAAGCUAAUAUCCCAAUUAUGGACACCGGAGAAAACCCAGAGGUGCCUUUCCCUCGGGACAUGAUCGACUUAGAGGCCAAUUUUGAGAAGAUUGAAAAUGAACUGAAGGAAAUCAACACAAACCAGGAAGCUCUGAAGAGAAACUUCCUGGAACUGACUGAAUUAAAAUUUAUCCUUCGCAAAACUCAGCAGUUUUUUGACGAGGCUGAAUUGCAUCAUCAGCAGAUGGCGGAUCCAGACCUGUUGGAAGAGUCCUCGUCCCUCUUGGAGCCAAGUGAGAUGGGAAGAGGCACGCCUUUAAGGCUUGGCUUCGUGGCUGGUGUGAUUAACCGGGAGCGCAUCCCUACUUUUGAGCGCAUGCUUUGGCGGGUGUGCCGGGGGAAUGUGUUCCUGCGACAGGCUGAAAUCGAGAACCCCCUGGAGGAUCCUGUGACUGGCGACUACGUGCACAAGUCUGUGUUCAUCAUUUUCUUCCAAGGCGAUCAGCUGAAAAACAGAGUCAAGAAAAUCUGUGAAGGGUUCCGGGCUUCACUCUACCCCUGCCCCGAGACACCACAGGAGAGGAAAGAAAUGGCUUCUGGCGUCAACACCAGGAUCGAUGAUCUCCAAAUGGUUCUGAAUCAAACGGAGGAUCACCGCCAGAGAGUUCUGCAGGCAGCUGCUAAAAACAUCAGGGUAUGGUUCAUCAAAGUGCGGAAGAUGAAGGCCAUCUACCACACACUGAACCUGUGCAACAUCGACGUGACCCAGAAGUGUCUGAUUGCAGAAGUCUGGUGCCCUGUCACUGACCUGGACUCCAUUCAGUUUGCACUCAGAAGGGGCACGGAACACAGCGGCUCUACCGUGCCCUCCAUUUUGAACAGGAUGCAGACAAACCAGACCCCCCCAACCUACAACAAAACUAAUAAGUUCACAUAUGGCUUUCAAAAUAUAGUAGAUGCUUAUGGAAUUGGAACGUACCGAGAGAUAAAUCCAGCACCGUACACCAUCAUCACUUUCCCUUUCCUGUUUGCUGUGAUGUUUGGGGACUUUGGCCAUGGCAUUUUGAUGACCCUUUUUGCUGUAUGGAUGGUAUUAAGGGAGAGUCGAAUCCUCUCCCAAAAAAAUGAGAAUGAGAUGUUUAGCACUGUGUUCAGUGGCCGAUACAUCAUUCUGUUGAUGGGCGUGUUCUCCAUCUACACUGGCCUCAUCUACAAUGACUGCUUUUCCAAGUCUCUCAAUAUCUUCGGGUCAUCUUGGAGCGUACGGCCGAUGUUCACUAAAUACAAUUGGACGGAGGAGACGCUUCGGGGGAACCCUGUUCUCCAGCUGAACCCAACUGUCCCUGGAGUUUUUGGUGGACCCUACCCUUUUGGCAUUGAUCCGAUUUGGAACAUUGCAACCAAUAAACUGACCUUCCUCAACUCCUUUAAGAUGAAGAUGUCAGUUAUCCUUGGUAUCAUCCACAUGCUGUUCGGCGUCAGCCUGAGCCUCUUCAACCACACCUAUUUCAAGAAGCCCCUGAAUAUCUACUUUGGAUUUAUUCCUGAAAUAAUCUUCAUGACCUCUCUGUUUGGCUACUUGGUUAUCCUUAUUUUUUACAAGUGGACAGCCUAUGAUGCCCAUACAUCUGAGGAAGCACCGAGCCUUCUGAUCCAUUUCAUAAAUAUGUUUCUCUUUUCCUAUGGUGACUCGGGCAAUUCAAUGUUGUAUUCUGGACAGAAGGGAAUUCAGUGUUUCCUGGUAGUGGUUGCGCUACUGUGUGUACCUUGGAUGCUGCUGUUUAAACCACUGGUCCUUCGCCAUCAGUAUUUGAGGAGGAAGCACUUGGGAACUCUCAACUUUGGUGGGAUCAGGGUGGGCAACGGACCGACAGAGGAGGAUGCUGAGAUUAUUCAGCAUGACCAGCUCUCCACCCACUCGGAGGACGCGGAGGAGCCUACCGAGGAUGACGUGUUUGACUUUGGGGACACGAUGGUCCACCAGGCCAUCCACACCAUCGAGUACUGCCUGGGCUGCAUCUCCAACACCGCCUCCUACCUGCGGCUCUGGGCUCUCAGCCUCGCUCAUGCGCAGCUGUCUGAGGUACUGUGGACCAUGGUGAUCCACAUCGGCCUGAGCGUGAAGAGCAUGGCGGGAGGCCUGGCGCUGUUCUUCAUCUUCGCUGCCUUUGCCACCCUGACCGUCGCCAUCCUUCUGAUCAUGGAGGGUCUCUCGGCCUUCCUCCACGCACUGCGUUUGCACUGGGUGGAGUUCCAGAACAAAUUCUACAGUGGGACCGGUUUCAAGUUCCUCCCCUUCUCCUUCGAGCACAUUCGGGAAGGGAAGUUUGAUGAGUGAGCCCCUCUGGGCAGUGCCCUGCGGUCCUCGCGUGCUCCACAAUAACUGGUGGUACUCCUCUUACCUGUGGUAGUGUUCCCUGGGCCUCGGCACAUUCGUGGCGUUCCUCCCACCUUUCCCUGGCCCCUGCCACCCUGGCUUUGUGUGUAGUGUGGCUAUUUCCCAGGGCGAAGCUGGGCCCCAGCUGUCACUCACACUAGACACCCACUGCCUCCAGCCAGCCAGCAGCCUCCUUCUGUGACCCCUGGGGUGGACCCCCUUCUGCAUGGUCACGCGAGCCCAGGCCCCUUUAGGCUUGCACAUAAUUGCAGCAGCUGGAAGGAGCCUUCAUCAUCCACACCGAGGCCCUGCCCCUCCCUGCCAUUCUGGUUACCGGUUGGGGAGGGGUGCUCUUUGGCAUACCCGUGCGUCAGCAUGAGGUAGGCCCAGGAAGGUGGUAUUUAUGCCCAUCCCCUGUGGUUUUCAGAGCUCUUGUUAGUUGGGAAUUCUGCUGAACCGAAGUGAACCAUCCACCCCCAGGUCCCAGGACCCCCAACCUCUCUGACCCCUACUCUACACUCUCAUCCCUCCCCUCCCGCUUGCACCCAGCAUAACACAGCACAGCAGGGCCUGGCUGGUGCCUCCCGGCCCCAGCGGCCUGCCUCAAGCACACCCUCUGGGCAGCGCCGUGGCCAUGCCCUCCUGGCCCAGACUGCACCUUCCUGGCCAAUCAUGAGUCCCCGUGCAGAGCAGUGGUUCCCCUGGGUGGCAAUGCUCUGCCUGCUGUGCUUGUCCCUUCCCCCCACGCUGACCCCAAGUUGAGAGAUGGGGUCAUAGGUAGGGAAGGCAGGUGUCAUUUAUGGCUUGCUGGUCAACAAGGGCCAGCAGGGCUGCCAGUGUACGAGGUGGUGAGAGGUGAACCCCCGUCCUGCAGGCUGGAGAUGGGCCCCGCGAAGGCGCCACCUGCCCUGUCACCCCCAGCAGGCGACAGGUCUUCGGGCCACUUAAUCAUGUGUUGGAGCAGCAGCCCUGGCUGCUUCAGCUAAAUUGCCCCCCCACCCCCCACCCCCGCUGCCUCCAGUGGCCCCUGCCCUCCCCCACCCGCCUCUUCUGAGUGCUUAGAGCUGCUUGCUGGCUCCCCAGGCUGGGCUGGCCCUGGACGUGGCCCCCUCCCCGCUCACCCCUGUGCAGCGUGACCUGCCCCAGAUCCUGUGUGCUGCCCCCUUCCUGCCGGUCCCCAUGGUUCACGUGAUCGUCUCUGCUCUGUUUACAGCAGGGCUGGAAGCAGAGUUCUUGGUCAGGAACCCUGCCCAAGGCCCUUCUGUUCAGACAUUGCAAUGCUGAAUAAAGUGUGUCUGACUGUACA